AUGAAUCGACUAUUCGGCACAAAGAAUGCGGCCCCAAAGCCCACGCUGGAUGGCGCUAUCUCAAAUGUCGAUAAUCGUGUCGCCAGCAUAGAUGUCAAACUCGCCGCCCUGAAUUCCGAGCUUUCGUCGUACCAGUCCAAACUAGGCAAGAUGCGCGAUGGCCCAGGCAAGAACGCAAUCAAACAGAAAGCCUUGAAGGUCCUACAACGCCGGAAGCAGUACGAAGCACAGCGUGAGCAGCUCUCUCAGCAGUCCUGGAACAUGGAACAAGCAGGAAUGAUGCAGGAUAAUUUGAAGAAUGUUAUGACAACGGUGGACGCGAUGAAGACCACUACGAAGACUUUGAAGAAACAGUAUGGAAACAUCGAUAUAGACAAGAUCGAGCAGAUGCAAGAUGAAAUGGCAGAUUUAAUGGAAGUUGGAAAUGAGAUCAACGAGAGUAUAUCUCGGGCAUAUGAUGUCCCCGAGGACGUGGAUGAGGCAGAGCUCGACGCGGAGCUCGAGGCUUUGGGUGAAGACACCUUGUUUGAGAGCUCAAUGGGUGAAAGCGCCGUGCCUAGCUUCAUGCAGGAUGAGGUGGCGCCGCCUCAGUUUAUUGACGAGCCCCCAGAGCAGGCCCAGGUCAAGGAGCCUGCCACCACCUAA